AUGGCGCAACGGAGGCCUGCCCACCACAACCGUCGCAAUCCGUCCGUCGACAUUCCCAAAUAUCAACCCCAAACACACAUGGACGCCGAGGCGCAGGCGGCGCACGAGCGACAGCGCGCCCUUGCUCAAAUUUCAGACUACGACUCAGAAAACGCCGGCUACGGCUCAGAUCUACCCAUGAAGCCUCCUCCACCCCAGCGCACCACGGAAGAGCUGAAUCUCUCCGUCGUGCAACGCCACCACCCAGACGUCACGAGCAUCCUUUCCAUCGCACCAUACGCUGUCAUCUACGAGUUCGAAACGAUACCAGAGCCCGUAUGGGAGAAGAAAGACAUCGAAGGCUCUCUUUUCAUAUGCCAACUUCGGCCUGGAUCUUACGGCGAGGAUCGAUAUGCAGCUAUUGUGCUCAAUCGGCGAGGUCUGAAGAAUUUUGACGCACCACUGAUCGAAGUGGAAAAUGGCGGCGUCGAAAUCAAUGAUCCGUAUGUCAUUAUAACCUUCAUCGAAGAGGGCAGGCAGAGAAUCUAUGGCGUUUUCAUCUUCAGCGAGGGACCUGGCUCCUCCACCGAGCACUCUCGAAUCCUCAACGGCGAGCUCAUGAUCACCCUGGCCAACUCCGCCGGUAUCAGCAGAAAGGCGGCCGAAGCCUCUGCGGCAGACGCACAAGCCCGCCAUACCAAUGGUCAUGUACAGGAAGCCGAGCGCGAAUUGGAGCAGGACCCGACCAUGGGUGGCGAACCAAUGGGCCGUGAAAUUAGUUUGCAACAGCUCUUUGGUCAGCAACGAACUCGGGAUGCUGGCUACAGUGUCCGGACACAUCACAUUGAUGGCUCCACUAGCCAGGCGACACAAGCCGGCGGUUUCGAGACUCCGCAGAAUAUACAUCCGCCUUUGCCACCAGCUCCAUCUCAGCAACAACAGACCAAUGCUCUAAUGGACCUGUUCCUUGGCGCCGGCGCUCCGCGAUCGGCUGGACACCACCGGCAGGUGCAAGAGCCAAACAGCAUGGCGGGGGCUUUCCAGGCGAGCGCUGGUCAGCAGUUCUAUCAGCAUAUCCCUCAGCAUGCUCAGGUGCAGCAACAACCCAACGUGCUAGCAGACUUGUUUCGCCGAUCAGGCCUUCCUCCUCAAUAG